AUGAAGGAUGUCUUAGAAUGGGCAAUUGACCACUACGAGACACGAGAUCAGCUGAUCCAGAAGGGCAUUUGGAAAGGUGAACUGUACCGCGGAUCCAUUUUUGAAGAGAGCAGCAGAGGCUGGCUCUGGAAGGCGUUGCUUUUGUAUGAUGAGAAUAACAGCGGCCUGCUGGCCGACAAUUCUAAGGACCGGGACGUUAACCAGUUCGGCUUGGUGCCCGUGCCGAUACUGACGGAUGAGGAGGAAAACGAUGAGGGCAAGAAGAAUAGCGGAAACGUGCCUGAAAGGGUCUUGCACUCUAACGUCUCGUCUUCGCUCGGGAUCAGACGGCUGACUCCCAUCGAGGCUGUCGACAACCAUCCCCUGUCCGGCAACAAGACUAAAGCUAGUUCUUCCAACAAGGGCGCGCCCAAGGCGCGGGAGGACAAUCCAUUGACACUAAGGGAAACGCUGGAAAUUAUAGACUUGGACCUUUCAAGAAUAAUGCUCGACGAUAUAUUCCAGGAACCCAGAGUUCAUGCUCAAAUGAGACAGCUUCUAUACAACUAUCUUCUCAUCCAUAAAAACGAACAACUGCAGUACAAGCAAGGGUUCCACGAAAUAUUAAGCGUUAUUUAUCUGCAGCUAUACCAUGGCAGCGACGUCGAUAAUAUCAAUCUUCAGAACGUGCUGAUCAUCUUCAAUAAGCUAAUGAACCAGAUCGAACCGAUUUUUUAUAACGAGGAAAACCUGAUCAACUGGGAUAAGACAGUAUUCACCAAGAUCUUCAAGAUAUGUUUGCCUGAUUUAUUUACCAAGAUCUUCUACCAGCCGGCAAAAUCCGGCAACGGGAGGAAGAAAGGCGCAAACUACUUGGUUCAUUCGAACUUAAUCUGGCUAAUCCGGUGGACGAGGCUGCUGUUCUUGAGAGAGCUGCCCUUAAAGAAAGUACUGAUUGUCUGGGACCAUGUCUUGACGUUUAACUAUCCAUUAGAAAUUUUCAUCGCAUGCUUCGUCAUCACUCUCUUCUUAUCCAUAUACGACGAACUGCACGACCUCGUGAACCAAGACGACUACGAACAAUCCAACAAUAAUGAUGAAUUCAUCGAACUGAUUUUGCAUUUCAAGAAAAAUUUCCAAAAGGAACACGCCAGUACAAAUGACGAGAGCUUCUUAGAACUCUGUAAAAUUACGGGCAAUUUAUGCGAAUUGUGGUACGGGAAAAACCAUGCGGAUAUGCGGCUGAUCUGUGAUACCUUUAUCAAUACGAAUUUCGGCAUCAAAACUGGCGAUAUCCUGAGCAUGGAAACCGCGAAAUUGACUAUUGACCCCAACAGACAAUCACUAGAAAGUAAGCUGAAAGAAAGGGUGAGGCAAACACUAUUGAAAAACAAAAAAAAGUAA